GCGAAUGACAAAUUAAUGCACGAUUUGAUAACCGCCUCUGAGGAAGAAAAGGAUCGUAAACUUAUUUUCAAUUUAGUGGGUGCUCCUCGUACAUCGAGAGCUAUUAAGGAAACAAUAGAGGAGAAAAAACAAUUAUUACACGAACGUUAGAAUGGAUCGUCAAACCCGUAAAGCCAACCUAAAGAAAUUGCAAUUACCCAGUACAUCGGGCAGCAAACAAUCACGUAAAACACGCCAAACAUCCAAAACCUCAGGAAAUACUGCCAUUACCAAUUAUUUUUUAACACCCGAAAAAUGUUCAAAAGAUCAUGCAAAAGAAGAUACCACAGUCCCGCCUAAGGAUUCCGUAGUAGUAUUAGAUUUUAAUGAACCCAAAACAGAGCUACCACAAACCUCCAAUAUCUCACCAAAACCAGCAACACGCAAACGUGGCAAACGCACUAAAUUAGAUAAUUUCAUAUUUAAAGAUCCCAAUGACAUUCCAGAUUUAAUUAAAAAUCCUAAAAGUCCUCAAAAUGAUGAAGAUUUAGUGGUGCCAGAAAAGAAAGCCAAAAAGGCUCCCAAACUAACAUUAAGUAGCAGCCAAACGAAAGCCUCUAAAGCAAGAAAGAAACAAACUACCAUUAAAUCAGCUUUCCUACGUAAUGAGCAAUUAUUUGCUGAGAUAGCUGCUCAACAUUGUGCUGCUGAUCAGUUUGAUGGCGAUGAUGUUCAAUUAGCUUUAGCUAUUAGUCGAUCUGAAGCAGAGAGUAAAGGCAUUGAGGUGGCAAAGGAAAAUGAAUUGGAGGAGGAAGUUAAUCUGAUGGAGGGUAAUAACAGUGCAGAAUCUAUAAGGGAUAAAUUAAGGAAAUAUGGUUUUAGAACGGCGGAAAAGAAUGAUUACAACACCUUUGCGGCCGCCUUUCUACCCAAAGCCAAUGGUCGUCGACAGAAAAACAAAUGGGCCAAUAAAUUCACUGCCCUUACUUUAAGAACUCACGAAAAUCAAAUGAAAAAAUUACAAAAUAAUAUCGAAAAACUAUUAAAUAGUCAAUUUCGCAUUAAACCCCUAAACGAUAAAGAAUCUUUACAAUCCCUUUAUAAACUGCAAAGUGCUCUAUUGAAAAAAUUAAAUAUGCAUGAAAAUAAUAAAAUUUUACAAUGUAUGGAAAAUGUUAAUCAAUCUAUGGAUAAUUAUUUUGUUAAGGAUUUAUUUGAAAUCAAUAAUUUAACAGCGGGUCAUUUAUUAAAAGAUUGGACUGCCAUACAGGGUAGAGAUCAAACACCAAAUGCUAAAACUAAAGCAAAUAAAGAGUCAUUAGAAAAAUUACAAAAUAUCUAUAAAGAUUUGGAAGAAUAUUUUAGUUCAAGAAAACAAUUAGAUUGGUCUAAGGAAGAUGAUAAAAAAGAAGAGCAGGAGGUGUCAAAAAUAAUAGUCAGAGAGGUAAUUAAAAAGGAUGAUGUAAAUGAACAAGCAGAAUGUACAAACAUUAAUAAAAAUCUCGAGAUAAUGGCAGAUGAUAUUGCUAACACUACAGAUAAUGAAAAAAUUUUAAAACUUUUACCUCAGUCUACAUGCUUAGAUGUAAUGCAAGUAUCUAGUUGUAGCAUAAAUACCCAGGCUACUAUCAAUACCACACAAAGGGAAGAAACUAUAGCUCAAUCAGAUGUUGGUCAUAAAACCGUAGAACUCGGUGAGGAGUCUAAUAACAAUGAACUUGAUGAAAUGAUAGAUUUAAUAGAAGAUAUGCAAAGAAAUGAAUCAGUUAUUUAUCCUAAAGCAACUACUACAACAUCCUUAGAAACAACAUUAAGUACGCAUCAACAAAAGGAAGUUUCAGAAGAUCAUACUCUUGAAGUAUCUGAUGAUUCAUGUACUGUCAAACUUGAUAAAAGGGUAGACUUAAUAGAAGAUGUGCAAACAAAUGAAGCUGAUAUUGAAAAUUCAGGAACACAUAACAAUUCGACAGUAGCUGAUAAAGGAACCUUACAUGCAAUACAAGUUUCUAAUGCAAGUAACCAGAAUUCAAUAAAUGCAACACAAAAUACUAGAUCCAAUUCACCUGAUUUAUUUGCCGACUCCGAUGUUGAAAUGGAAGAGUGUGAUAACCAGGUGGAUAAUAAUAAAACAGAAGUUCCAACUGUGAUAAAUGUGACUAAAGAUACAAAUCGUAAUAGUUCUCUAGAGGAAGUAGAUGAGGGUGUUACUACUUAUGAAAUCUUUUCAAGUGAUGAAGUAAAGAAUACUUCAUUAUUGGAGCAGAAUAAAUCAACUGCUAAAGCUCCCUCAAUUUCCAACAUUCCCCUACCCUGUGAUGAUCAAGUAAUCGAUUUAACCCAAUACGAUUUUUCUCCCACCCCCGAUAAUCAAUCCAAUCAUAAUUUAAAUCAAAGUAAACCUAUAGUAGAAAUCGAUUUAUUUGCUGAUUCUCCAUCACAAGAUGAAGAUAUCGACUUCACUGAAUCGCCUUUACAAUAUGAGAAAAAAGAUCAUGAUUUGUCGGAUAUUAAUAGAAAUUCUCAAAUAUCAAAAUAUCUGCAAGAAAAUAAGGAAGAAACUUUUAAAUUAACUCUCAGCAUGGAGACAAAUGAGGUGGAGGAACUUUUCAAAGAAAAGACAUAUAAAGAAUCUUUAAAGUUUCCUUUAGAAACGAAUAAAAAAGAAAAAUCCUGUCUGGAAAAGAAAACCAAAGAAGAAUCUUUUGAAUUGUCACCGACAACAGAAGUUAACUUUAAAGAGAAUACAAUGAAAGAAGAAUCUUUAAAAUUUUCUUUGGAAACUAGUGAGAGUGAAGAAAAUUUCAUAGAAAAGUUUACAAAAGAAGAAUCUUUAGAAUUUACUCUGGAUAUAAGUGAUAAUGAAGAAAAUUUCAUAGAAAAGAAAACAAAGGAAGAAUCUUCUAAAACAAAAGAAAAAUCCUUUAAAUUGUCCCUGGAAAUAAGUGACAAUGAAGAAACAUGUUUCAAAAAGAAUGAGAAAGAAGAAUCUUUCAAGUUAACGCUCAGUUUGGAUACACAAGAACCUUUAAGGGAAUUUGUUACAAAUAAAGAUACGUAUGGGGAUGUUGAUGAUGAUGACAUUGUUUUGCAAGAAAUAGCUAUGGAUCAAACAAAUACUUCCUUUCUUAAUUUUCAAGGAUCUAAACAAUUGGAAACUUGUUUUCACAAGGAAACGGCCGCCUCUAAGGAAAAUAAAGCCAAAGAUAUCACCACUAAGGAAAAAGAACUUAUUAAAGAUAGUCUAACUGCUAAUGAUACUAUGUUUCGGGAAUUGUGUAAUAAAUAUCUAAAUGAACCACACAACACUUCUAAGCAGUUACAAAAGACUGAUUUUAAUAAAACCAAAAGUUUUACACAAAUUUUACCUUCUAUUAAAACACCUGAAAAGUAUGAUAAUUAUACUAACUUUACCAUGGAUUUCGAUGUGACUAUUGAUAAUAAUCCGACAUUAAAAAGAAAAUCCACCUCAUUUACUGCUAAAACUCCACCCAAAUAUCUAAGCAAGUCCCAAUCAUUUAGCAAAAGUAAUCUCAUAGAUUUAACCCAAAAUGGAACAGAAGAUGAUAAUGAAGAUUUACAACCAGCAGAAGAUGAUGAUGAAGAAGAUGAUUGUUUAGUAUUAUCCGAUGAUGAAAUUAACUAUUCCAUUUGGCAGGCCAAUAAAACUGGAAAAUUUCACACUUCCGAGGUAUCAGAACAGGAGGAUAAUGAUGAUGAAGAUGAUGAUGACGUCAUUAGUAUACCCGAUAAUGAUAAUGCAAGUGAUGAAGAUUUGCUAGAUUCUAAUAAAGAGAAAAUAAUUGAAUUUCCUGUAGAAGUUAAUGAGAAAAAGAAUUCUUCAUAUUUGGAUUUAAAGGAUAAAGAUAAAUCUUUAAUAAAAGUUGCCCUAACAGCUGAAGAGUCUUACAGUGAUUUUGGUGUUCUGACCUCCAAAUACACUACCCCCUCAACACCUCCUUUACAAGAUGAUAUGAAAUUUGAUCGCAGUGAUUUUGGCAUAUUAGAAGAACAUUCUGAACCUAUAGAUUAUACAGACAAUCUCUGUACGCCCACAAAAGUUUUAACAGAAGCCUCUUUUCUUAGUUCACCCACUGAGACUACAGCUCCCAUGAAACGUUAUAGUAAUUGUCAUAAAUCUUCACAAAAGUUUCAAAGUUUAAUAAAUAAUCUAGAAGCGAAUUCGACCACCAAUGAUUUCAAUAAUUCUAAAGGAAAAUCUUCUUUCAAUGAUCUUAAUGAUUUUGAUGAAUUCGAUCGUUUGGUCUAUACAAGUCCUCUCAAAACUUUACCAUCAGCCAAAAAACCUCCUGAGGGUAUAGAACAACUUUUAACUGCAGAAAUAAGUUUUAAAAAAAGUCAAAAAUCUCCUGAUCCAGAAGUUAGCACUACCAAACAAACAAUAACCUAUAAUAAUAAAACUUAUACUUUGCGUUAUACUUCCUCACCGAAACCGGACUAUAUGAAGUACUCGGAAGCAGAAUUACUUAAGGAAUUGUAUAAUUUUGGCAUAAAACCUUUAAAACGUAAACAGGCCGUAAAAAUGUUGGAAUAUAUUUACAAUCAAACUCAUCCUAUUUUAAUGGAUGAUGAAGUUGAGGAUGAGAUACAACCACAAGAAGAUGUUAUUACGCUGGAUGACUUGGAACGUCCGUGUACUUCAAAAGAGGCUUUGAAAAGUAAAACAGCUGUAACAAAAACUCGCGAUCAUUCCGUUAUUUUAUCUAAUGAAAGUCCCAGGGAACUAGUUGAAAAUGUUCUAGAUGUGGCGAAGACAAAGCUAAAUCUUCAAGAUUCUAGUGGUCGUGAAAUGUUACGGUAUUCUUUAGAUCUGAAAGCUGAACUUUUGGACGAACAGUAUAUAUUGCAGACGAAUGUUACGAAAAAGACUCCACAGCCCUUAUUACCCUUUCACAUAGCGUGGUACAACUUGGUGUGUUCCAAUCCUAAAUUGCAUGAAACUAUAUUGAUGUAUGAACCCAUCGAUCUACAGGAAAUCUAUUUGUUUUUAAAAUCAUUAGGUUAUCGUUAUGAUCCCAAGGAUCUUAAAGUAUUUUUCGAUCGUCGUUGUAUAAUAUUUCGUUAUGAUCUUACGAGUUCGUCUGCUGGCAAUGGCAAAACAAAAGAUACGAAUCGGCAUGUACGUAAAAGUAAAAAAACUAAAUUAAAUAAAAAGUAAUUAUUAUUAAUAAGUUAAUAAGUGUAAAUAUAAUUGAAUUUUUUUUUGUUUCAAUUUAUUUUUUUAUAAAAUUCUCUUGAUUAUAAGCUAAACAAUAUUCUGAAAAAUAAAUACUUUAAUCAGCUAAAA